UGCAUACAAAUCCACUACUACGCCACGUCCUUACUGCCCCCACCUCGAAAACACCCACGAUUUCAAAAAAAGCCACCUUUCUUCUUCGUCCUUCGUCUUCCUCCUCCUCUGCGAUGCUGCAACUUCUCGUUGCAUUAACUAGAAAUGAGCAUAUAGAGGUUCCAAUUAUCAAUUCAAGAAAACUCAGAAUGUUAGUUUUACUUGAGAUUGCUUCGAUCUUUGUCAUCUUUGCUUCUUUGGGUUCAUCUCUGAACCCAGAUGGGCUUUCUCUCUUAGCUUUGAAAUCUGCCAUUGAAUCCGAUCCGACCCGAUCACUUGUUUCUUGGUCUGAGUCUGACCGAACUCCAUGCCACUGGGCUGGGAUCAUUUGCACCAACAGCAGAGUCACUUCCCUUACUCUGCCUAACAAAGGCUUAAUCGGUUACAUCCCGUCGGAACUCGGUCUUCUUGACUCGCUCACUCAACUCAAUCUUUCUCACAACAAUUUCUCUAAACCCAUCCCUUCUCACCUCUUCAAUGCCACGAAUCUUAACCUCGUCGACCUAUCUCAUAACUCUUUUUCCGGACCGGUGCCACCCGAGAUCAGAACGCUUAAAAGUCUGACCCACUUGGAUCUUUCUUCGAAUUUGCUAAAUGGGUCUUUACCUGAGUCUCUCACUGAGCUUCAGAGCCUGACUGGGGCUCUGAAUUUGUCGUAUAAUCGGUUUUCCGGUGAAAUUCCGGCGUCAUACGGGCAUUUUCCAGUGAUGGUGAGCUUGGAUCUAAGAAACAACAACUUGACAGGGAAGGUGCCUCAGGUGGGAUCGCUUUUGAACCAAGGGCCCACGGCAUUUUCAGGAAACCCUGGCCUUUGUGGAUUUCCGUUGGAGGUUGAAUGCCCAGAAGCUCAAAACCCGGGAAUCGCCAUAAAGCCGGAAAACCCACAAAAACCAGGAGGCCCCGACUCUAGGUUUCCCGAGGUGGGUGACGACGGAAGGAAGGCGAAAACUGGGUCGGUGGCAAUUCCGUUAAUUUCCGGCGUAUCGCUGGUGAUAGGCGCCGUUUCGAUCUCGGUGUGGCUGUUUCGGAGAAAACGUGGGUCGGUGGAGGGCAAAAUGGAAAAAGAAAUCAAGGAGAAUCAAUUCGACGAAGAAGGGCAAAAUGGUAAAUUCGUGGUCCUGGACGAAGGGUUCAAUUUGGAAUUGGAGGAUUUGUUGAGGGCGUCGGCGUACGUGGUGGGGAAGAGUAGGAGUGGAAUAGUAUACAAGGUGGUGGCCGGGAGGGGGCCAGUAGUGGUGGGGAAUACGGUGGCGGCGGUGAGGAGGCUGAGCGAUGGUGAUGCUACUUGGCAGUUCAAGGAGUUCCAGGCGGAGGUGGAAGCCAUUGGAAGGGUCAACCACCCAAAUAUCGUCCGGUUGAGGGCUUAUUACUAUGCCAAUGAUGAGAAGUUGUUGGUCACUGAUUUCAUCCGCAAUGGGAGUUUACACUCUGCAUUACAUGGAGAGCCAUCUGAAAAUUUGCCACCACUUUCCUGGGCAGCAAGGUUGAGAAUUGUUCAAGGAGCAGCGAGGGGUUUAAUGUACAUACACGAGCACAGUACUAGAAAAUAUGUUCAUGGUAACUUGAAAUCAACAAAAAUCUUGCUUGACAAUGAACUCCAGCCUUACAUCUCAGGGUUUGGACUCACUCGUCUCGUCUCUAGUACCUCAAAAUUUGCCAGUUCAUUUACCAAAAAGCUGAACUCAAGCCAAACUAUUUCCGUUGGUUCAAGGAUUACAUCACCUUCUAAUUAUUACCUGGGGCCUGAGGCUCGGAUUUCUGGCAGCAAGUUGACACAGAAAUGCGAUGUGUACUCUUUUGGUAUUGUAUUACUGGAGGUUUUAACUGGUCGGGAGCCUGACGCUGGACAAGAAAAUGACGGUAAGGGGAUAGCGAGCCUUGUAAGGAAAGUGUUCCGAGAGGAACGCCCUUUGUCUGAAAUCAUAGAUCCAGCCCUCCUGAGAGAAGUUUAUGCAAAGAGGCAAGUUGUUGCAGCAUUCCAUUUAGCUCUCAACUGUACGGAGCUAGACCCAGAGCUGCGUCCUAGGAUGAGAACCGUUUCUGAGAGUCUUGAUCGCCUCAAAUCUCAGUGAAGAAAGUGGUAGGAAGCUUGUAUUUUGUAAAGUUUUCCAGGCAUUGCUAAACAGCUGCCCUCUGAGGUUGAAGGUGUUCUAGGUUUUGGAAAUCCUUAGUUGUUGUAGGAUCUUUGUUUUUAUGUUAUUUGUAGUAUCCUAGUAUCUUUGAUGAAUGACUUAAGAGUAUUACUGUAAUCAGGGCUCUCUUUGAAUUUAUUGAUCUGUGGCCUUCUCUUUUCCAAACAAAUGUUUUGCUGUUAUCUAUUCUGUCUCUAAUCUGAGAUUGUUGGUUGUGGUUUGGACUAAUCAAAUGAAUGAAAAUGA